AUGUUUGGUUUCGGCAACGAACUUGCCGCCGGCAUCAUGAUCGCCGUCGUCAGCAGCAUGAUGACUCAGUUCAGCUAUGCUCCCGGCCUGGAGGAUGGCCACCCUGGCGCCAUGACAGUCGCGGUCCUGAAGCGGCGAUGCAAGUUUCCCUUCAUUUCUCCUUCUAUCAACGAGGCCAUUCAUCCAGUUAGUUUUAUCGAUAAUGCCUUUCAUCCGCUCGCUUUCAUCAAAAAGGCCUUUUGUCCGUUCACUUACAUCCAUGGGAAGAGACUCUAUCGACACCGAGGCGGUAAAAGUAGAGGGACACAGAUAAACAUAAAAAGGUCCUGCCUCAGCCAGGUGGAAACAACGGUCACUUCCAUCAACAAGGCCUGUAUUUCAUUCUCGACAGUCAACACUUUGCGAUUGAUGGGAUUAUAUGAUCAUGAGGUACACAGUACUGACAAAGUGAGCAGCGAGCAGUACAAUUGGGCGCGGAUGCUCGCGCACCGCGAGUUCAUGGACCAGGAAGAUAAGCACGUCCGCGCCACUCUCGUCCUCGAAUCGGUCCGCAAGAUGCUUGGUGUUGAGGACCUCACUAACACUGAGACGCCCAUCUCCGAGACGACCUACGAGCGAGUUGCCGCAGACCUCGCGAACGACUACAAGGCUGCCCUCGCGUUCCGAAUGAAGGCCAUCUACGGGAUCAAGAAGUACCCUUCCAUUGAGGCUGCAUUGAAAGACGCGGCAAUUGGCACUCUGUUUCUCGUGGCUGGCACCAUCUGCACAAUCUGGCCGUAUUGGGUCUUUAACGACUUCUUCCCCUGUUUUGCUGUGGCUGCCCUGUCUGGCGGGGCCCUCAUAUUCGCUGCGGGCGGUUUCAUGUGGGCAUCAUGGACGAGCAACGGCUUUAUAUGGAUUGGAAGCGUGAAACUGCUGGCAUACAUGGUGGUUGCAGUAGGAGCUACGUAUCUGACGCAGUACGGCUUCGCCAAGGCCAACUGA